GGCUGCCCGUAGACUGAUAACGCGAAGCAGUACGUAGUGCGCAUGUGCAGUGCGGCUCACGGCCGGGUGUGUCGGUUCCGCCGUCUAUUGGUCCUGGUUUCCGGUCAGUAUGUCGGACGCCUCGGUGGCCGAUACCCGCCGUCUAAACUCCAAACCCCAGGACCUGACAGACGCGUAUGGCCCGCCCAGCAACUUCCUCGAGAUUGAUAUCUUCAACCCGCAGACAGUGGGAGUCGGACGAAACCGGUACACCGUGUACGAGGUCCGCAUGCGGACAAACUUGCCGAUCUUUAAACUGAAGGAUUCCACUGUUAGAAGACGAUACAGUGAUUUUGAGUGGUUGAAGAAUGAACUGGAGAGAGACAGCAAGAUUGUGGUUCCGGCAUUACCAGGGAAAGCAUUGAAGAGACAGCUCCCAUUCAGAGGAGAUGAAGGCAUUUUUGAAGAGUCUUUCAUUGAAGAACGACAGCAAGGACUGGAGCAGUUUAUUAACAAGAUCGCCGGACAUCCCCUUGCACAGAAUGAACGAUGCCUGCAUAUGUUCUUGCAGGAUGAGACAAUUGAUAGGAAUUAUGUGCCAGGCAAAGUGCGCCAAUGAGAGCUCUAGUCAAAUCCUUCCCCUCCGCUCCCUCACACACAGCAUUGCCUGCUAAAUUACAUUUAUUUUUACACUAUAUUUCCACUUGUCCCCUGUCUUCAAGACCCCCGGUGUCAUCCAUGAGUCCAUCCUGUGUUUUUGUUUUUUAAUUUGUCUGCAUCACUACCUCCCCCCACCUCUGAAUGCUGCAGCUAGUAGAAUUUAGCAAGCCUGUUCAUUCCCAUCCUCUCCCUUAUCUGGGUUAGGGAGUGAUGCAACCUGGCCUUUAUCUUCCAAAUUGCUAGCUCUGAAUAGCUCCGAGAUGCUAGUUAUACUGACUUAGAGAUAAGUGGUUUCCCUUCCUAGCAUCAUUCUCUAAGGUGACUGUUCAGAGCAACCUUCAUGAAAAAUACUUUUGUUCUAGUGAACGUUCAUACAUGCCCUGGAGUGCUAUUUCAAGUGGAGUACUUGUUAUCCCUUACUUGUCCAUGACUUGCUGUGUCCCAGGUCUUGGAGUGACUAAGCAAGUAUGCACUCCCCUGCUCCUUCCAUACCCACUACCCACCCUCUCUGUAUUAUCACUACAAGUGUGCUGUUUAUUUGAAGUCCUCAGAUAAUGUAUAGGCAUCUGUCUGCUGCACAGCCAAAAAUGUGUAUUCUCUGAUAUGUAAAUGGUUAUAACAGAUCACCACAUCCACUCCAAUUGAAUCCAGUUCCAGCGCAAAAUGCAUCACUACAUUGAAGAUCAGAAGUAACACGGUCUGUGUGGACUUGCCGCUCAGUAUUUGUGUCUACUGCAGAUAACUGUAGUGACUGAGUGCUCCAAACAAAGUGAAAUAAGCGAAUAUAAGAGCUUCAAGCAUUGUUUCUGACUAUGGAGAACUUAGCUAGUACUAUACACUGGCCUCUAGAGAAUGGGGGUCUCUGGUCACUGGUCAGCUCUGGAAAUGUAGGGAAUGAAGGACAUGACCAUUAACAGCAUUUCGUUUGUUUUGCUACAUAUAUAUAUAUAUAUAUAUGGUUAGCCCUUGUGGUUGGUUGGGAGGGAGAAGCUUAUUUAAUAAUGAUCCGCUUUCGGGGGCAGUGGGCAUAGUAGCUAUUGUUAAAUGAGAGGCUGUCAUGUGACCUGUAUGGGCUGACCAGUUAUUACACUCAGACCUGGGCUUAUGAGCAUCUUUGCUGCUUGUGUCCUUGUGCUGGAGACCAUGUCUGUGUAUAUAAAUAUCUAUAUCUGA